AUGCUUCGUUGCCAGCAGCGAAGGUGCAACAGGCAGAUUUUGUCGCUACUGUUCAGCUGCAUCUUGCUCACCAGCACGUACGCCGAUGAAGAAGAAAGCUUCACCUCGGCCAGCCUGGUCGCGGGUACCGGAACACUGACAAAGGUUUGCCCAUUUCCGGGCGUACCGGCCCACGGCAGCGUACACUUCUCCGAUGACUCACUGCCUAACAACACCGUCGCGACGUACUACUGCGAGCGAGGUUUCGAGCUGCUCGGACCGUCCCGGCGUGUUUGCAUCGAUGCACAGUGGAUACCGGAGGGUAUACCCUUCUGCGUGCUGAAUGUGGCGGCCGGUAAGGCUCCGAUGCAGAUCUCCACCGAAGCGUCUGGUAUACCGCAGAAAGCGAUCGACGGAUCGACGUCCGCCUUCUUCUCGCCGGACACCUGCUCGCUGACCAAGCCGGAACGUGUGCCCUGGUGGUACGUGAACCUGCUGGAACCGUACAUGGUGCAGCUGGUGCGGCUAGACUUCGGCAAGUCGUGCUGCGGUAAGGGCAAACCGGCCACCAUUGUUGUGCGCGUCGGCAACAACCGGCCCGACCUGGGCACGAACCCGAUCUGCAACCGGUUCACCGGCACGCUCGAGGAAGGCCAACCGCUCUUUCUGCCCUGCAAUCCCCCGAUGCCGGGCGCGUUCGUGUCCGUCCAUCUGGAGACGAGCGCACCGAGCCAGCUGUCCAUCUGCGAGGCGUUCGUCUACACCGACCAGGCGCUGCCGAUCGAACGGUGCCCCGCGUUCCGCGAUCAGCCGCCCGGUGCGUCGGCAUCGUACAACGGCAAGUGCUACAUCUUCUACAGCCGCCAGCCAGCGACGCUGCGGGACGCGCUCGCGUUCUGUCGGGCGCGUGGCGGCACACUGAUCAACGAGAGCAACCCGGCCCUGCAGGGGUUCAUCAGCUGGGAGCUGUGGCGUCGGCACCGCAGCGACACGUCCUCCCAGUACUGGAUGGGUGCGGUCCGGGACGCGCAGGAUCGCAACACGUGGAAGUGGAUCGGCGGCGAGGAGGUGUCGGUAUCGUUCUGGAACCUGCCCGGCGGUGAUGAGGACUGCGCCCGGUACGACGGUUCGAAGGGAUGGCUGUGGAGCGACACCAACUGCAACACACAGCUCAACUUUAUCUGCCAGCACCAGCCGAAGGCCUGCGGCAGACCGGAACAACCACCGAACUCGACCAUGAUCGCACCGAAAGGCUUUGAUGUGGGUGCGAUCGUGGAGUACAGCUGUGACGAAGGACAUCUGCUGGUGGGACCGAAGCAACGGACCUGUCUGGAGACUGGAUUCUACAACGAGUUCCCACCUGUAUGCAAAUACAUUGAGUGUGGAUUGCCCGCUUCGAUACCGCACGGAUACUACGAUCUCAUCAACGGCACGGUUGGCUACUUAAGCACGGUAAUGUACAGGUGUGCGGAAGGCUACGAAAUGGUAGGUCGGGCCGUGCUGAUCUGUGACAUCGACGAGCGUUGGAACGGACCGCCACCACGCUGCGAGUUGAUCGAGUGCGAUCCACUGCCAACGCUCUUCCCGAACGGUGCGAUCGUGUCCUCCAACCAGACGGUGUACGGCACGCGUGCGGAAAUCCACUGCAAUCGGGGCUUCGUCCCCGACGGCGAGCCCGAAAUAGUCUGCACAGCCACGGGUCAGUGGAGUCUUCCGCUACCGAAGUGCGUGCCGAAUCCGGUCGACCAUAACGAAGGCCCGGCAACGGUGCGCCCGAGCGCCGUGUCUACGACACCGAGCUCCUCCCGGGCACCUCCAGUGUUGAUCGUUUCGCCGACCACGCCUGCAUCGAUCGGUGGCGUUCCCUCGCGCCGUCAGCCCACUGGUGGGCGACGCCCGGUCAGCACAGUGCGGUACUCCACGCAGACCCCAUCCCAGAGCAGUACGGUGUCGGCCGCGGAGUCGACUACCUCCGUGACGGUCCACAUGGCGGGUCCGACGACGGCACAACCGGGCCACACCAGCAGUACCACCGAAUCGCCCAUCUUCAGCAUCGAGAUCGAUGAUGGUACGGAUGACGACAGUAGCUAUCUGCCGCACGGCGGCCCUAACCGGAAGCAUUUGAACAGUAACGAUGACUACUACUACCGCAAACCUAACCUUGAGGACGGCUUCGGUUCCGACACGGCAAACGACUACGAUGACGACGACGACGACGCAACUGACCACAACGCAAACCACGACGAUCAGCUACCGACCUUUGACGAUAACUUUGACAGCCUCGAGGGCUUCUUCAUCGGCACUAACGAAGAUUACUCUCUUCCACCCCCUCCCCCCUCAGAAGUGCGGCCCGGAUCGAUGGGUGAGGAAGCGGUGCGGCCGUUCCGCCCGCAGCAACCGUCCGUCGUGAUACUGUCGAAGGAACCAUCCGCCGGCAAACCGGCCACCCCGAAACCGGCCGUCUACGAACCGUCCCAUCCGCCGGCGGUGGUAAGCGUUACGCCGCCCGCCCAAACGCAGCGACCGCCGGUCACCGGCACGACCGGGCGCCGGCCCGUCACGACGACGCGCGUCCGCAACCAGCAGCCGAACCACGAGCAGGACGUGCUGCUGUCGCACCACCCGCAGGACAACGAAAUCCCCGGCAGCGUGAACAUCCGGCAGGAUCAGUCCCCGAAGGUGAACGUACCGUUCGCGGUGAACAACGUGGACGAUCUGGUGCCGGCGGACGGCACGAACGGGAACGGCGGCAGCGACGGUCUGCUCACGAGCUUUGGCGGUGCGAACGGCGGAACCGGCGGGCUGGGCAGUGCGGGCGGCAGCGGGUCCGGGGCGGGCGACCGGAAGGAGUCGAAGAAUGCGAAGCUGAACCUGGGCGCGAUUGUGGCGCUCGGUGCGUUCGGUGGUUUCGUCUUCCUAGCCGCCGUCAUCACGACCAUCGUGAUCGUCGUACGAAGAAAUCGCACCUCCAAUCAACACUAUCGGCAUCGUGCCUCACCGGACUGCAAUACGGUCGCAUCCUUUUCCAGCUCUAGCUCAGAGUCCCGGAACGGUUUGAACCGCUACUACCGCCAGGCGUGGGAAAAUCUGCACGAGUCAGCAUCGAAAAGCCACAACCAUUCCGGUCUGAAGCGCAAGGAAACGAUGGACGCACCGGUGAAUCGGUCCCGCUCGCGUGAAAACCUGGACGUGAGCAGAUCGCGCGAACUGGACAGAUCCCGGGAGAACCUAUCGUCGGCGCGGAGCCGUGACUAUGGCCGGGACAGUAUGGCGCUGCGCGACGGCUCGGAGAUGGUAGUGUCGGACGUGUGCGUGAAGGGUGAGAAGAAGCGGCACCAUCACCACCAUCACAAGAGCAGUCACCGGAAUGAUUUCCGCGAACCGAACAUACUGGGCAGCGGCAACGGACGGCGCGAACAUCGCCAUUACUGA